CUUAUGGAACAUGGAACCUAGAACAGCUAAAACAAGAUUAUUUUAAAAGUUCAUUAAAUCACCGAAAAAAUGAACAAAACUAAGAACUAUUUAAACGUAAUUUUUGUAGCCUCUCUGUUAUUAUCAUUAUUAUUACUGACUUGUAAUACAUCACAUGUUCAAAAAAAUAUUUCUCAAAGUUCAUCUACUUGCCAAUUACAACUAGAAUGUAUCGGAGCUAGUUCAUCCGGAUAUGGUCGUGUACGCAUACCUGUUCGAUCAGCUCGAGGGCCAGCUGGACCAACUGGGGAACAAGGAAAUCCUGGACCACCAGGUCCUCGCGGAGAAACAACAAAAUUACAACCUAUAUGGAUUCCUAGACCAGUAGAAUAUCAAAUAGCUUUUUAUACAGGUUUGUCAAAAAGUAUUGAGAAUAAACCAGUGAACAAAAAUUGUCAAUUAAUUUUUGAAUCAGUUAUGUUGAAUCUUGGCAACGGAUAUGAUAAUACUACAGGUAUAUUCACCGUUCCUGUUUCGGGUGUUUAUAUAUUUGUUGUAGUUAUAUCAGCACAAAGUUAUGAAAAGGCAGGCGUACGACUACUACAAAAUGGCAAAGUUGUGUUACUUUCAUGGUGUGAAAGUACAUUUUGGGCAACUGUAACUAAUCAAGCUAUUAUUCAAUUAAAUAAAAAUGAUCAAAUAUGGUUAGAAUGUAGAGAUGAAGCUUAUCGUUUACAUGGACAUAUGUAUAGCAGCCUAUCUGGUUAUCUUCUUUAUCCUCAUGACAUAUAA